CUGACAAGAGGGUCUAGAGAAAGCCGCCUGCGGAGGUCGGCUGGCGGGCGGCUGGUGCGCCGGAGUGGCGCAGGUCGGGCGCAGUGCGCGUGCGGCAGUGAAAGGUACCAUGUCGUGGAUACUCGCAGCGAGCGCGCCUACAGCUAUGGCAUCACCAUAUUUGCGAAUAUUCACUCUCUGUGCCAUCCUUUUCACCGCAAGCUGCCAAGAAAAAGCGAAAGAAGCCGAACAAUUCGUAUGUCCCGAAGGUACACAAGGUAACGGCAAUUUUGCGGAUCCCGCCACCUGCAGGCGAUUCUACCAGUGCGUUGAUGGAUACCCGUAUUUGAAUCGAUGCCCCUCUGGACUCUACUUUGAUGACAUUAGCAAGUUUUGUACCUUCAAAGCGGAGGCGAGAUGCGGCCCAAUCGCCACGACGCCUGCGCCCGUGACUGAGGCUCCACUUGAUCUGGCGACCAAGUGCGAGCCGUCAGAGUGUAUUCUGCCUUACUGCUUCUGUUCUAAGGAUGGUACACUCAUCCCUGGUGGACUAGACCCUGAAGAUACUCCGCAAAUGAUCAUACUAACUUUCGACGGCGCCGUCAACCUGAACAACUUCGACUUGUAUAAGAAAGUUUUCAACGGCAAGAUAAAGAACCCGAACGGGUGCCCCAUACGAGGCACUUUCUUCCUAUCUCACGAAUACAGCAAUUACGCUCAAGUACAGGCAUUGGCGCAUAGUGGACAUGAGAUUGCAACGGGCACAGUGUCACAGCAACAAGGUCUUCAAGACAAAGGAUACGAGGAGUGGGCGGGAGAGUUCAUAGGAAUGCGAGAGAUUCUGCGACAAUUUGCGAACGUCUCGCGUACAGAAAUUGUUGGCGCCCGAGCACCGUUUCUAAAGCCUGGUCGGAACACACAGUUCAAGGUACUCGAAGACUUCGGAUACAUCUACGAUAGUUCAGUGGGUGUCCCGCCUCUGCCAAUCCCAGUUUGGCCUUACACAUUGGAUUAUAAGAUUGCUCACGAAUGCAAGUCUGGGACUUGCCCUACUAAAUCUUUCCCGGGUUUAUGGGAGGUGCCAUUCAAUGCCCACUACGUAGAGACAUACGAGGGAGGACAUUGUCCGUAUCUGGACCAGUGCGUUCUUCAUAACCAUGAUUCUGAAGAUGUCCUGGAGUGGUUACAAGAAGACUUCAGUCGGUAUUACGAGCAGAAUCGCGCGCCAUAUAUGAUGCCGUUCCACACCAACUGGUUCCAGAUCAAAGCACUCGAGCGCGGAUUGCACAAGUUCCUUCAUUGGGCUGCUAGUCAAAAAGAUGUAUGGUUCGUGACUGUAACACAAGCACUGACCUGGAUGACAGACCCAAAACCAGCCAAAGUGUUACUAAAUUUUGAACCUUGGCGCUGUGACAAGAAGGAUCUCCCUCCAGCGCCUUGCAAUCUUCCCAACAAAUGCGCACUUUCCUUCAAACAUCCCGAAAAGAACAUCACCGAUACGCGGUAUAUGGAGACUUGCAGCGAAUGCCCUAACCAAUAUCCUUGGUUAGGAGACUCAGGUGGCACGGGUAUUCCUGGAAAGGACAACUACAUACCUGAUAAUCUUAAGAGAAAAUAGUUGUGUAGAACUUAUACUUCUCUUCGUAAUUUAUCCAGCACAUCAUAUCAUUAUUGUAAUAAUAAUACAUUAAUAGAACACUCUUUUUAGGUUCAUUUUACAUAGUUGCGCAAUGGAAUUAGAAGCGAAUUCUUCAAACAAAAUAGUACAUAGCAUGACCUUUGUGUCAAUUGUGUGACAUAGAAACCAGAUACGAAUUUUCUCGAACGAACGAACUCCAUGUCUGCUAAUUUGAAAUCAUCUCAGCUAUGUGUCGACAGAGUGUCAAUGGCGGAUUUAAAAGUUAACAGUAACCGCUUGUCAGGGGCUAGCCAUCGUCAAGCUAUUGCAAUUUUUUGGUACUCCGCUCUUCAAUGGCGAGUCGAGCGCACGUCGAUGCUAUAGUCUACAAAUACAUAUACAGGGUGUAUAUUUGAGAAGGGGCAGCAACGCCAGCCACCUUAAUCGUUUUAGUUACAGGAAAACGGUUCUAGAAGACUAUCCAUGAGUUUUGAAGAUAUUUUGAUUGGCAUUCACAGAUUUUGGAAAAAUGGUACAGUCAGCAAGAUAAAAGGCAAUUUUUACAAAACUUUUUUU